GAACCAUUUACAUGGUUUGAUCUUUGGUUUCUAGUUUAGAAACCAAAUUAAUAUGGUUACCGCUUACCGUACACCGCCCCAAGCCACCCUACGCUCAUGUCUACUGCCCACCUCCAGCUUGCUUCUUUUUAUUAACUCAAAGUUACCCAACUAUCAAAAACAAUUCUUGAUAACAAUAAGUACAUUAGAUAAUCGGCUACUAGUUAAUUGGGUAUGGGCUUAUGAUGAGCAGCGCCUGCGUGUUCUGUUCUUCCUUCUCCGGGCUCCGACAAAUCCAUGGAUUUUGCUUCUUCUGCAGAGUCAGCAAAAAGUUGAAAAAUUAUUCACUGGACAGUAGCAGUCUAACAGGAAGUUGAAAGAAAAGUGGGAAUUCUGUGAUUACAACAUUUAGUUAAUCAAUCAUGCAUCGAUUUGAUAAAAAAACUCCGAACAUCUCCCCCGUCAUCUCCAACACCUCCCCAGCCAGUAAUAGAUGAGCCUCCAAUUGGCAGUGUUCCUGAAUCUUCCCCACCAGAUUUAAACCCAGAAAUUGUUGUUGAUGAACUUGAAGCCGGGCCAGGGUUGCGAAAGAAUGUAAAUAUUGUUGCUCCAGAUGAGAGAGAGAGAUAGAAUUCGAAGGGCAUUCUUGCUAAAAGGACCAUUUUGUAUUUAAGAAAAACUUCUGGUUGUCAAUAUUUCUGCUCCUGUAUACUUUAGUAAGAACAUGUUAAUAUAUUAAGAAAAUACUUUGGUGAAAUAUUUUGGUGCCCCCUCUAAAAUUAGAUCCUAGAUCCGCCCCUGAGCUUGCCCAUGUCUAUAUUAAAUUCAAUUACCACUAAGUUAUAGUAUAGGAUAAGAAUUCCAAAUGGCUGAAACAGUAGUGUUAAUUAUUGAGCCCUUAAGAUAUUCUCUCUUUUUUUGCCACCAGCCCUUAUAAUAUUACUUGAAUUGAAUAUUUCUAUUAUUUUAGGAAAAAAAACCUUAUCAACUUAGUGCCAGGAUACUCAUAAACAAAUAUGCCAUGUUUGUUUCAGAUCUAUAUUAUAGUAAACUACCAUAAAUUUGUCACCAGUUCUCUGAAUUUUAGAGACAUAGGUGGUUCUGACCAAGAAGACAAAGAAUUCCAAAUGGCUGAAGCAGUAAUGUCAAUUGUUGUGGCAAGGCUUACUGAUUUAUUGAUUGAAGAACCCGUGGCUCUUCAUGGACUCAAGGAUGAAAUUCAACAAGUGGUGAGGAAGCUUGAGUUGAUGAAGACAUUCUUACGGGAUGCUGAUUCGAGGACAAGUGAGUAUCAAGUCCGGACUUUGGUUGGUGACAUACGAGCACUUGCUUAUGAUGCUGAACAUGUUGUAGAAAGCUUUAUUGUUAAAGCUUCAUCAACUGCAAGAAACAGAAGAAAACAAGCAAACAAGAUCAAAGAUAUAGAAAGCAAGAUGUCUCUCCUCUCUGAUCGCAUUCGUGAUAAUAAUAUUAAAUCAACAUCAGAAUCAUCAAAUUCAUCAUCUCAAGCACCUGGAAAGCUAAAGCGAUUUCACUCUUUCACAACCGUUGAGCCAGAGAUAUUUGUUGGAUUUCAUGGAGCCGUUAAUCAACUGGUGGGAUAUUUGGUCAAUGAAAGUGAUGAUCGUUACCCGCUUAUCUCUAUCUGUGGAAUGGGCGGUCUAGGUAAGACAACUCUCGCUCAAAAAAUAUACAAUCAUCCAACCAUUAAAGCAUCCUUUUCUGGUUUAGCCUGGGUUUCCAUUUCGCAGAAGUGGCAAAAGAAACUCGUGUUGCAGCGAAUACUGAUAUGUCUCAUCCAUGAAAAGAAAGAGGAAAUUCUUACUUGGGACGAUGACAAGUUAGUGGAGAAUCUGCUAGAAAUCCAGCAGAGGAAAAAAUGCUUGAUAGUGCUUGAUGACAUAUGGACUACCGAUGCUUGGGAUUCCAUAGAAUCGGCCUUCACAACUAAAACAUCUGGCAGCAAAUUAAUUCUUACCAGCCGUAAUGUGAAGGUUGCUGUGCAUGUAAAUCGAGAAGGAUUCAUAUACCAACCAGAAUGCCUAAAUGAAGAACAAAGUUGGGAGCUACUUAAGUUGAAAGCAGUUCCCAGAGGAUAUCAUCUAGAUUCCAUAGAUAUUUUUAUUGAGAUGGAAAAAUUGGGAAGAGAAAUGGUUAAAAAAUGUGCCGGUCUUCCACUAGCUAUAGUCAUUUUAGGCGGAAUUCUUGUAACAAAACCUUCACUGAUGGAGUGGGAGAAGGUUUAUGCUGAUAGUUUAUGGUCCCUGCAGAAGGGAAAAGGAUUGGGAGAAGAUCAGCAAAGAGAAUUAUUUCAUGUUCUAGUCUGGAGUUACAAUGAUUUACCCCCACAAUUAAAGCCAUGUUUUCUGUACUUAGGUAAAUUUGGUGAAGAUGAACAGAUAAAAGCAGAGACUCUAUAUCAGUUGUGGAUUGCAGAAGGGAUGGUACUGUCGACUGAUAAAAGGGAAGGAGAGACAAUGAUGCAAGUAGCUGAAUCGUAUAUGGGGGAACUGGUCCAUAGGAGUAUGGUUCAAGUGACAUAUGAAGAUAUGGAGAACUCACAUACAAAGAUAAAAUCUUCCUCUCUUCAUGACCUUAUGAGAGACCUAUCUCUGUCCCAAGCAAAAGCAGAAGAUUUUUUUGAAGUUCUUGAUCUUCGAAAAGGAAACGAUUUUCAUCUCAAUCCUUCAGCAGAUUUCAGGUCGGUUGACACUCGACAGCUUGUAGUUUAUUAUGAUGAGGAACAUAUAUGCAAACAAAGUAAAUCCUACUUUGUCAAGAAAUGCAAGAAACAACAAUAUCGAUCAAUGUUACUAUUCGGUGAUGGUGUAUACACAGAUUUGCCGAAAGUAGUGGGGUCACGUGUUGCCAAUUUCAGGUUCCUAAGAGUUUUUUCCAUAAAAAAUGCAGCAGUGGAUGGUAUACUUUAUCCUAGAAGUUUUGUUAGAGCAUUAGGAAGCCUUGUAUACUUGAGAUAUCUUAGUGUGAGGAACGUUGACUUGUUAUUGGUUCCAUCUAUAGAGAAUAUGGUGCUACUCCAAACUCUCAGAUUAGAUCCAUUCAAUCGUAUAUCUAUUCCAUCAUGGCUUUCAAGAAAUAUUCUGGGCAAGCUAGGACAUUUGCGGCAUUUGUAUUUACCUCCUCAUGAUUGUACAACUCCAAAGAAAGAAAAAUUAAGGCUUGGUGGAUUGGAUAAGUUAGAGACAUUGGAGAACUUCAGUAAUCUGUGGUGUGAGCCUAAGGAUCUUCCAAAACUAAUCAAUCUUCAAAAACUAACAUUAGAAGUAGCCGGUGUUGAUGAUGAUGUGAAAGAGAGCAUAAAAAAUCUGUCUGCACUAGUCGUGUCAUCAUCUUCAAAUCUCACGUACUUGGGACUUUCUCUUUUUUUAGAUGAUCAAGCAGGAGAGAACGCUAGAGAGUUGUUUUGGGAUUAUAAAUCCAUCCUUCAGAAAUUAAGGAUAAGUGGUCGGUUGGCAGAAUUGGCUCAAUUAGUUGAGAACCAACCGCGGAAUAAUCAUGUUGAAGAAUCUUCAAUUUGUAUCACUUCCUUGAAGUUACAGUACUCGCUCCUGGUAGAUGACCCGAUGCCAGUACUGGAGAAUAUUCCAACGCUGCGUAAUCUCGAUUUAUCCUACGACUCAUUUCUGGGGAAGGAGAUGGUGUGCUCGUCCGUGGGUUUCCCGAAACUCACCAGUCUUGUACUGCGCAGGCUCCCCAACUUGGUGAAAUGGAAUAUCGAGGAAGGAAGCAUGUCCGUUCUCACCAAGUUAGAGAUUGAUCGUUGUUGGAUGUUAGAGGAGCUUCCAGAAGGUCUGAUAUUUCUCACUUCCCUUCAGCAUUUAUCGUUUUUCUGGAUGGCUACAGAUUUCAUAAACAAAGUCCGCACGGUAAAUGGCAAACAAGGACAGGACUUUUAUAGAGUUGCUCACGUUCCUGACUUUUCUAUUUUCAAUGGGACUGACUGGCAAUAUGUAGAAUAAGGAGCUGGUCACUUCUAGAAUCCCACAACCGGUCAAUUUCCUAUUUUUCGUUAUCCAUAAAUGAAUAUUCUUCUUUAAUGUGUUUUUUUUUUU